UAGUUUGCAGAGAAGCUGAAACACCGUAGUGUGCCAUUGGGCAAGACAAGUAAGGAAUGAGCCAGCCUUGGGAAAGAAGACCUGCCAUCCUAGCUGGAGACAUCUGAAGAGAGGACAUUUUAGUCUUGUGGCAUGCUUCAGUAGCAAUUAUUCAGAAAAAGAUGGCUGGCUGUGGCGAAAUAGAUCAUUCGAUCAACAUGCUUCCCACAAAUAGGAAGACAAAUGAGUCGUGUGCUAAUGCAGCACCUUCCCUGACAGUCCCCGAAUGUGCUAUCUGUCUGCAAACAUGUGUCCAUCCCGUAAGUCUGCCUUGCAAACAUGUUUUCUGCUAUCUGUGUGUGAAGGGAGCUUCUUGGCUUGGGAAACGAUGUGCACUCUGCCGGCAGGAGAUUCCAGAGGAUUUUCUUGACAAGCCAACCUUAUUGUCACCAGAAGAACUCAAAGCCGCAAGCAGAGGCAAUGGAGAGUAUGCUUGGUACUAUGAAGGUAGAAAUGGUUGGUGGCAGUAUGAUGAACGUACCAGCAGAGAGCUGGAAGAUGCCUUUUCCAAGGGUAAAAAGAGCACUGAAAUGCUAAUCGCUGGUUUUUUAUACGUAGCAGAUCUUGAAAAUAUGGUUCAGUAUAGGAGAAAUGAACACGGACGACGCAGAAAAAUAAAACGGGACAUCAUAGAUAUACCAAAGAAGGGAGUGGCUGGGCUGAGGUUGGACUGCGAUGCUAACACCGUCAACCUGGCAAGAGAGAGCUCUGCUGAUGGUGCAGACAGCACACCGACUCCAGGGGCUGCAGCUGUGCAGUCUCUAGCACCCAUUUCUGCUAGGCCCCUGCCGUCCCUAGAUGGUCAGCUGAUGAGUCCUUCAACGCCAUCACCAGAUGCAAGCAAUUCCCUAGAGAACUCUUUUGCCCACUUGCAAAUAAAUGGAGACAGUAUGGCUGAAAGGAGUCAUAGGGGAGAGGGAGAAGAAGACCACGAGUCAUCAUCUUCUGGUAGGGUGCCAGCCCCUGACACCUCUGUUGAGGAGACCGAAUCAGAUGCUAGCAGCGAUAGUGAGGAUGUGUCUGCCCACCUUCAGCAACACCCAUCCUCUGUCCAGCAGAGACACUUGAAUGCCGGUGCAAACCAGCCAGGAGCAGAUAGACCAGUGGCAGGGGGUGGGGUGGUAAGUGUAAGAUCUAGAAGGCCAGAUGGACAGUGCACUGUCACUGAAGUUUAAAUCUAGAGCCAUGUGAUUAAAAACUAGAUCCUGUAUCUGUAAAUUUUCUGUCCACAUUGGCAUUGCACUCAAACCUAGCAGUGUGUUUGGUGGGAGGAUGGGGUGAAGGGGAGAAACAGAUUUGGCCUGUUUAACUUAAGUCUUUUAACAUGUCUCAGCUGGAAGACUCUAACUGUAGGAAACUGGGUUGUCCUGUUAAUGGUUUGAAAGCUGCUUAGCAAUACCCAGUUUUCUUGAAAAUGUCUUGUGUUUAUUUUGUAGCAUUUUCCCCUGGGAGAUACUCGAACCCUUUUUGGCCAAUGUAUAUCUACUGUACAACUUGAAUUGUCUUCAUUAUCUGACUGUUGCAUAAGUGUCUUACUACUUUCUGCAUGGAUUGAUGUAUGAAAAGAACACUAAAGCAAUGUGGGAGCAGGCAAGAUGUUGGGUGUGAGCAGGAUGCUUAAUUUAAUGUGAGAAAAUAGAUGUGAGUUUGGAGUUAAAAAUGUGUUUUUAUUAGACAAGAGCAAUCAUUUACCUUCCUUCAAAGGAAAUGUAAAAAUGCUGUUAACUUCUGUUGCAAAUUCUUACCUAUAUGCUCUUCAUGGCAUUUUCUGUGGCUUUGCCAUCUAGUCCUUGUAGUUUUGUUUUUGAGGUCUUUCUUGAUCUGUCUCGUUUUUGUUACGGAAUUUAUAAUUUAAUAAAACUACAUUUUAUCAGUAACAAUCU